CGCGGGAAAUCGUUGUCACCGACUACAAUGUAAACAUCAAUGGCGACGGGCAUCUGCUUUUUGACAGACUGAAUGAAAAAUUGUUUAUGGGUUAAAUGUAUAAGACGCACUCAUAGGCAGGGAAAUAUUCCAUACCAUCAGUCAGCAGGAUGGACAACAACAGAAGGAAAAGGAAGGGAAAAGUGGCGCCGACAGGAGAAGAAAACAGCUCAUUUGAGUUAGACAUGCAUUCUGACAUUCAGAACAAUAGCAAAUUUAUCAACACAUUGAAGAACAAAUUUAAGGAAACUAAGAACAAGCAAAAUGCGAUAUCUGCCAUAGUUGGAGCAAAGGGCUUUGCCUCAAAGUGGAAGAAUUAUUCAUCCACCAAACGAGUUGUUAAAUCUAAAAAUGCUCAGGAUGAUGAAGAGAAUGCUGCAAUUAAAGGAAAGGGACUGGAUCAGAUGGAGGAUCUGGAGGCAUUUAAACCAUUCAGUAUGAAACAGGACACCAGGAAGAAGCUUCGCACAGCCAAUGAUAAAACUCUCAUUGACUAUUUUUACCAACUGGGGCAGUCACGGAACCCGAAUGCCAAAGUGGACUUAGAUUUUAUAGAUUCACUGAUCAAGAAUGGUGCUAAUAUAAACUGUACAGACAAACAUGGACAAACUUUGUUGCAUGAGGUGUGUCGCACCUGGCAUAUUGACGUAUCCAAAUUCUUAUUGGAGCUGGGAUCUGAUGUGAACCAGGCAGACAAGUAUGGUCGCACACCACUGCACGUGGCGGCUGCUGUCGAUUAUCCAGAAAUGGUGGAGAUACUCAUUAAAAAUGGAGCUGAUAGAGAAUCUCUGAGCAAUGAGAAACAGACUCCAGUCCACUACGCUGCGAAAAAUGAUGCAUGUAACUCUCUGAAAAUGUUGAUUAAAAUGAAGUGCAAAUAUAACGAUGUCAAAGACUUCAAAGGCAGGACCCCGCUGUUUGUUGCUGCAGAACUUGAUCGCAGUGAGACAGCUAGUCUGCUGUUGGAUUACAAAGCAGACGUCAGAAUCACGGAUGACAGUGGAAUGAAGCCGUUGAGUUGGAUGAUCACCAAAAUGCCACCUGUGGCCUUGGAUGCUUUAAAACAAUUCCACUCCACUGACCGUCCCAACAGAAGGCAGUAUUUCUAUCUCAAAGACCUCAUCACAGACAGAGAGAAAGACAGAAAGGCCAAAAGUCUAACACCGCUACAAUGUGCCACCCACUUCAAGCAAUAUGACCUUCUGUCUCACAAAGUCAUGCUUGCACUCAUAAACCAGAUGUGGACUAAGUUUGGAAGGAUCAGGGCAUGGUUCAAUCUGCUUCUGAACUUUGCUUACAUCAUGAUAUGGACUGUGUACGGCCUUCUGAUCGAGUAUGAUGUCAGAUACAAGUACAACCUUCCUGAGCAAUGGUGGAGGAUCGUGCUUCUUGUGGCUGCCAUAGGGUUCACAAUCUGGCAAAUCAUAGAAGAAGUGUUAGAAUAUAAACGCUCCGUACAGUUUCAUAAUAAUUGGGUGACGUACAGAAGGCAGCAGAUAGAGGAAGAUAUAAAAUUCUGUCAUCCUCGUUGGACGGAGGAGAGUGAAUACCUGAAGAAAGAGCUGGCCAGUCUGGACGAAGCCAGACCCAGAUACUGGUCAGAUUUCUGGAAUGUCUUUGACUGGAUCUGCUAUGUUUUCCUCAUUACCAGCAUAGCUACACACAUCGUCGACAUUUUUGUCCACUCGGAUGAUUUGGCUCGAGCACACAUCAGAAUCAUGUCUGUGACCAUUAUAAUGUUAUGGCUCCGUUUGAUGAAGGUAGCCAGGGCAUUUGCUUUAUUAGGGCCGUUCAUUGUGAUGCUGUCCCACAUGGUAAAGGACCUCCUGAGAUUUGCAUUCUUGUACUUGGAGUUUUAUCUUCCAUUUGUCUGCGCAUUCUGGAUGAUAUUUGGAGGAAGCAAAAGAGAUUACAAUGACUACAACACACUCCUGGAGGUGGAAGGAUACACAAAUUUUGGGGAUGUGUUCUACAGUCUCUUCAGACUGACUCUAGUGGAUGAAUAUGACUGGACUAAUAUGCAAAAGGUAGAUCCAAUUAUGGCUAAGAUUCUAGUCGGCUUCUGGUUGGCCCUGUCUGCAGUUCUCUGUCUGAAUCUCUUCAUUGCCCUGCUGUCUGACACAUUUCAAAGAGUGUAUGACAACGCCCAAGCCAAUGCUGUCAUGCAGAAAGCUCUUAUGACCCUCAGCAUUUGGGAAAAUAUGUCUGAAUCCAGACGCAAUAUAUUCAACAUUCAUAUGGAAACUUCUUGCAAUCCCUGGAAUGAGUACUAUGAUGAUGAUAUGACAGAGGAGGGUGAGGAGGACAUGAAAAAGGUCACCAUGCAGAUCAAGGAUGAUCUGGAUGACUUGAGAGAUGUUUUUGAUUCAAAGUUUGGAAAACGGAAAGAGUUACAUGAAGACGGAUGGCCACCAGGAUCUGGGGAAGAAGAGGAGGAAGAUUUAAACAACAAAUCUCGAAUGGUUGAUGUAGAAAGAUUUGAGAAUGAGAUUGGGAUUCUCCGAGACAGCCUUACAGAGCUCCGAGUUCGUCAAGAUGACAUGAUGGAUAAUCUACAGAAGGGAAUGAACAACAUUACCAACCUGUUGAAUGAGAUGAUGGGGCACCCACAGGGAUCCCGAGAUGUUGACAUAGUAUCAGAAUCUACUCAACAAAGAUCUGCAAGAAGCCGUUCAAAGAAAUCCAAAAAAAGAAAAGACAGCCAGCAGAUUAUCCAUGAAGAGGAAACAAGUUUGUUAGAGCCAGAAACCCCCUCUCCUCCAUCGUACCAACAGCUGUUACAAACGCCACCCACAGUAGAUGUUUCUAUGGCAGAUUUUUCUCCUCGUGAAAUCACUCAAACAUCGCAACCAUCAUUUAGUCCCAGAGGACCACAGGAUGGCCAAGAUCCCUCCACAGAGUGUUAAGACAGAUUGAGGUACAAGUUAUCUGUGAUAUGUUCAGUGACUGGUAGCAGGAAUGAAAAUGGUCCCUGUGACAGGAAAAAUAGAGUUACACCAGCAUUUACUUUUCAUUUCUUACUUUUUUAUAUUCUUACAGAUAGUAUUUAUACCAACUAUUGUUAUUUCAUGCAUGUCUGAGAUAUAUCGGGUAAUCAAUUUUUAAAGAGAUAUUUUUGUAUAGAAUUUAAUUUGGUAGGGAUUUAAUGUUCUGUAUUUUUGUAUUUCUCUCAUUUUGUGAUAUUUUUUUCCCGUCCAUUUACAUGAAUUUCUGUAUUUCUUGGAAUUUUUUUUUUUAUGAUUAAUACAUCAAUACAUGUAUAAUUUUUUAUCUAUCUAUAUGUUCACUAUAUGUAUUCUCAACAAACUGUAUACUGUAGGUGCUAUGGGUUUUUCUGCUUUUUGUAGAUUUAAAGUCAUCACUUUCUCUGUAUUAGCCUGAUCCCACUUCUGGUAUAUCCAGGGAUCUGUAUCUGCCCAACUCUCUAUUUUGUAUUCCUUUUGAGAGUUAUGAGAUUUACCACUGUUCAUUAUCUUCACCUUUCAUAAGUCAACUCUCUGUAUAAGUCAUCUGCACAAUUUAGUUAAUAGUGAUUACAAUAUACUGUUCAAUAUCAUGGGAAGUUUAUCAAGCUGAACCAAUACAAUGAUAAAACUGAGUAAUUUAUAAGCACACAGUAUAUUGGGAUUAUGUAGGUUUUUAGGAAAGAAAAUUUAAUAAAUGUCAGUAAAACUUU